CAGCAUUGAGAGCCUCCACAUCCUUCCAUCCCGGAAGAAACGCCGCAGCAAUGACGCGCGCCAGCCUCCGCGCUGAGAGAGUGCCCAGAGGGUGCUGGCAGAUUCUCCUCCUGCUGAGUGUAGCAGGAGGCUUCACCACAUCUGGCAGUUUUUUGCUGAGGCCAUUAUGGCCAUCUCCACGAAAUGUCCGAGUUGCGUGCAGAGCGCAGGAAAGCAAUGGGCCCCGCAUGUACUAUCCGGAGGAUCGCGGCACGGCGAAGGGUGGUGCCUUUUGGGGCCGCUCCACCGAGGAGCAGUGGGGCGAGUUUGCCAGUGGCGAGGCCGGAAGCUUCGACAAGGAUGACCUGGUCGAGGGGAAGUAUCCAGGCACAGAGGACUGGUACUGCGCCCAGGUGAUGAAAUACAUCGGGCAGGGCGAUUGGAUUGUGAUGUGGGUCGAUGACAUGCCGGAUGACAGUGCCAAAGCUUCAGUCCUUAAGACGCUGCUCAGCGGCAGAACGCUCGUUGUGUGAGUUGGGCUCGACGAGCGACCCAGCCGCAGCGCAGUUGGCAAGGGCACCCGGCCAAACCCAGCGGUGGUGGUGCUUUGGGCGUCCCGGGUGGGAGCUGCUGUUUCCGGGAAAACCCCCCCGGGGGCUUUUCCAGCACCCAGAAAGAGGCGGAACACAUGAGACGGAACUCUUCAGGCGCUGCAGGCGGAACUCCCAGGCCUGCCUUCUUCAGCUGGGGAGGGUUUCCUUGUCUCGGCGCCCCGACUCAGGGAUGAGAUGAAGCACCUGAAGUUCACUCCCGUGACGGGAUGAAGUCCGUCCGGGUGGCCGCCCCAACCUCCUCUGGGCUUGGCUUGUUGCUUGUUGCGAGGCCUUGAGAGAACCCAAAUCC